UCAAGUGUCAAAUACCCGGUUGGACGACCACUUCCAGUUCCCACUCCCUCGUUUCGCUCAGAAAACAAAACAGCAUCUCAAGCACGGCUUCCGAACUCGUCUUCCUUCUGAAACCUCAAAAAAUAACAUUUCGUUUCGUUGCCCGUAACAAUCGUCCAAUCCUUUUGUUUUAGUCGGAUCAUUAAGAAGUUGGAGUGGUCGAUUAGUAAGCAGCAAUGGCUCUGUCCGCUUCUGACCUUCCAACAAUGUACUCGCUGCUCGCCAAUUCCCUGAGCGGAGACGAAAGAUUGCGUAAACCGGCAGAGGCAGCUCUUUCUCAGUCUGAAAGCAGGCCCGGCUUCUGCUCUUGCCUCAUGGAAGUUAUUACUGCAAAGGAUCUAGCUUCUCAGACAGAUAUUCGUCUCAUGGCUUCUGUUUAUUUUAAGAACAGCAUUGGUCGAUACUGGAGAAAUAGGCGUGAUUCUUCAUCUACAAGGAAAAUUUCUUGCAGGGGAAUAAGCCAAGAGGAGAAGAUAUAUCUGAGAACAAAACUGCUGUCGCAUUUGAGGGAGGAAAAUUAUCAGAUAGCUCUUCAAUUGGCUGUUCUGAUCUCAAAAAUUGCACGCAUUGAUUAUCCAAAAGAGUGGCCAGAGCUCUUUUCUGUUUUAGCGCAACAUCUUCAAUCGGCAGAUAUACUUACCUCUCACAGAAUUUUCAUGGUCAUUUUCCGAACCUUGAAGGAGUUGUCAACAAAACGUCUUAGUUCAGACCAAAGGAACUUUGCAGAGAUAUCAUCCCAUUUCUUUGAAUAUAGCUGGCACCUGUGGCAGAGGGAUGUGCAGACCAUUUUGAAUGGUUUUUCUGCAUUAGCCCAGAGCUUUACCUUAAAUGCUUCAAUGGAACAUCAAGAGGAUCUGUAUCUAACUUGUGAGAGAUGGUUGUUGUGUUCGAAGAUAAUAAGGCAGCUUAUUGUAUCAGGAUUUCCAAGUGAUGCAAAAUCCAUUCAGGAGGUCCAGCCAGUUAAAGAAGUCUGUCCAGUGAUUUUGAAUGCUGUUCAAUCAUUUCUCCCAUACUAUUCGUCUUUCCAAGAGCAACAUCAUAAAUUUUGGGAGUUUACAAAGAAGGCAUGCACUAAAUUGAUGAAGAUUUUAGUGACAAUACAAGGAAGGCAUCCUUAUUCCUUUGGAGAUAAGUGUGUUCUUCCACUUGUGAUGGACUUCUGUUUGAACCAGAUUACAAAUCCUGAGCCAUCAAUAGUAUCGUUUGAACAAUUCAUGAUUGAAUGUAUGAUCAUGGUGAAGUCUAUAAAUGAGUGUAAAGAAUACAAACCAAGCCUUACUGGUCGUGUCAUUAAUGAAAAUGGUAUUACAUUAGAGCAGAUGAAGAAAAACAUUUCUAGUGUAGUUGGUGAGAUCCUUGCUUCUCUUUUGCCCAAAGAUCGUGUAAUACUGCUGUGUAACAUAUUGAUAAGAAGGUAUUUUGUUUUCACAGCAAGUGAUCUGGAGGAAUGGUACCACAAUCCUGAGUCUUUUCAUCAUGAGCAGGAUAUGGUUCAGUGGACAGAAAAACUAAGGCCCUGUGCAGAGGCUUUAUACAUUGUUUUGUUUGAAAACAAUAGUCAACUGUUAGGUCCUGUGGUUGUUUCCAUUCUUCAGGAGGCAAUGAAUGGUUGUCCAGCUUCUGCAACUGAAAUCAGUCCGGCAAUGCUUCUUAAGGAUGCUGCUUAUGGAGCUACUGGGCAUGUAUAUUAUGAACUUUCAAAUUAUCUGAAUUUUAAGGACUGGUUCAGUGGAGCUUUAUCUCUUGAACUCACAAAUGAUCAUCCAAAUAUGCGCAUUAUCCAUCGAAAAGUUGCAUUGGUUCUUGGACAGUGGGUUUCUGAGAUUAAAGAUGACACAAAAAGAUCUGUUUACUGUGCUCUGAUCAGAUUGCUUCAGGGCAAAGAUUUUGCAGUCAGACUGGCAGCUUGUCGGUCUCUCUGCUUCCUUAUUGAAGAUGCAAACUUCUCUAAAAACGAUUUUGCUGAUCUGCUACCAGCAUGCUGGGAUUUAUGUUUUAAAUUGGUAGAAGAAGCUCAGGAGUUUGAUUCAAAGGUUCAGAUCCUGAAUUUGAUUUCUGUACUUAUUGCACAUGUUGAUGAAGUCACUCCAUUUGCAAACAAGCUGGUGGAAUUUUUUCAGAAGGUCUGGGAGGAAUCCACUGGUGAAAGUUUACUGCAGAUUCAACUUCUUAUUGCACUUCGAAACUUUGUGGUUGUUCUUGGUUAUCAAUCACCCAUUUGCUACAACAUGCUCUUGCCCAUUGUGCAAAGGGGUAUCGAUAUAAAUAGUCCGGAUGAGCUCAACCUUCUGGAGGACAGUGUGCUGCUAUGGGAGGCCACACUCUCUCAUGCUCCCUCAAUGGUGCCUCAAUUAUUAGGAUUCUUUCGAUAUCUAGUGGAAAUUAUGGAACGAACAUUUGAUCACCUGCAGGCUGCUGUCAAUAUCAUAGAGGGCUACAUAAUUUUGGGUGGAACCGAGUUCCUGAACAUGCAUGCUUCAAGUGUGGCUAAGCUUCUUGAUUUGAUUGUUGGAAAUGUGAAUGAUAGAGGACUGCUAUCAAUGCUUCCAGUCAUUGAAAUUUUAAUACAGUGUUUCCCUAUGGAAGCGCCCCCAUUAAUUAGCACCACUCUUCAGAAAUUAGUUGUAAUAUGUUUGAGUGGAGGGGAUGAUCGUGAUCCUUCUAAGACAGCAGUCAAAGCAUCUUCAGCAGCUAUUCUAGCAAGGAUCUUGGUUAUGAAUAGCAAUUAUCUUGCCCAUUUAACGUCAGAGCCAUCGCUUUUGCAAGCACUCCAACAGGCAGGCAUUUCUAUGGAAGAAAAUAUCCUACUCAGUCUUGUUGAUAUAUGGCUUGAUAAGGUUGACAAUGUAACAUCCAUUCAGAGAAAAACUUUUGGUUUAGCUCUUUCAAUUAUUUUGACCUUGAGAGUACCUCAAGUCCUUGAUAAACUUGAUCAGAUCCUCAGUGUCUGUACAAGUGUGAUAUUGGGUGCAAGUGAAGACUUUGGUGAGGAAGAGUCAAGUGGUGAUAACAUUAGCUCUACUGAAUCUCAUUGUGAAGGCACCAUUUCAAGUAAAGAACUAAGGAGGAGACAAAUAAAAGCUUCAGAUCCUAUCAAACAGUUAUCACUGGAGAGUUCAGUAAGAGAGAAUCUUCAAACCUGUGCUGCUCUUCAUGGAGAUUCAUCUUUUAAUGCAGCCAUCAGUAGAAUGCACCCUGCUGCAUUUGCACAAGUACAGAAGGCACUGAAGAUGCCAUAGGCAAGCUUGAUUCCAUAUGUAGCCGUUCUUUCUCACAGCUUGAUCAGAUUUUUCUUGUGGUACAGAUUAUUCCAUCUUUCCAUAAAUUGCAAGUAUGUGGAGGUAGAGAACGUUCAAAGCGUUAUGCCCUAGAAGGUUGGCUCUGAGAUGACGAAGGUUGGAUUCUCUCAAGGAUUGAUGUUUUGGUUGCAUAUUAUGUGUUUUAUUUUAUUUUUCCCCAUUUCGGUAAUGUGGUUUAUUCCAUUUUUUCUAAUUUCAAUUGUUGUAAAAAUACUGAAAUGAGUGCAGCCUGGAUGUGGUAAACUCUGUAAAUAUUCGGUUGACCUUCUGCCCUGGUAUUUAAGGCUUGGAGGUCAAAAGGUCACAGGUGUUUUACGGAUGAGUGAAAUUUUGCCCAAAACAAUAAGGAAUCAGGAGUUGGCUUUGCUGCUUGUAUCAA